GCGGUAACGUUUGUCAAAGCUAAAGUCUAAUCUCGAUUCAAGGGUAUCGCGAGAUGCGUCACUAAAAUCAGCCAUCAGUGCAAAGUGUUUAGUCGUCUGGCUGCUGCUCUGGAAAUCUGGGAGUGUUUCAACGUUAAUUAACAAACAGAAGAGGAGGCCGGAUUUAAAAGAAAUUUCGAUCGUGAACAUUUUUUUUUUACGUCUUGAUCUCUGUUUUACAUCUGGACAUGUAAAUUCUCAAUAUGGUCAUGUCGAGUACUUUGGAGGAAUUAAUGAAGAAAGGAUCAGAUGAAGAUUAUCCGAAAGGACCGGCAAAACUGGGACAUUUUAGGUGUCUGGAGAAAAAGGAAAAUAAUGCGGAUAACGCUUUUGUUCUCGUCGUGCACUACGAAUUUAAAAAAGGCAAAAAAGAAAAACCGCCACGAGAUGGAAACAAGAAGGACAUUGAAAAUUUAAGGAAAACUUUUGCCGAAACCCGAAACUGCGCAUUCCGCGAAUGUUCGCCGAAAAAGGACGACUUGCUUGCUCUGCUUAAAGACGGUGAAAAACUGAAGAGAUUCUUCGGAGCCUCUGAGGUUUUAGAGCCUGACGUUUUUAUAUUGAUCGUUUUGUCGCACGGAGCAGCAAACGGAGUGAUUUACACUGACCCUUUUUGCAGUUCCGAUCCUAAAGAUUACGAAACUUUCACGACGGAUGAACUUUUUAAGUCGAUCAAAGAGAUUUUUCCAAAAUGCUUAAAAAGCGUUUUCCUUGGACCUUGCAGAGGUCAGUUAAAGGAUAGUGUCUAUAAUCCCUCUGAAGCAGAUAAAAAACUUGACCAGCAGAAAAAUGAUUUUUCGAAUAACAACCAAAACUCGACCAGAGUUUCUUUUGAGCCAAAGAUGCGUAAUCUAGUCAUCUUCUAUGCCACCGUUGAGACGACUAUGUCUAACAGGAGUAAAAGUACAGGCACUUGGUUCGUCAAAGCUUUGUGCCAGGAGUUGGAUGGGAUGCAGCAGAACGAGGGACUUGCAAAAAUUUUGACUGGAGUGCAGAACAGAAUCCACCAAGAGACGGAUUGCUCAUUUGACUCGAUUGGCCAGACUCCGGAGUUCAAAAUUUUCUGUCGUGACAGGAAAUUCUUUUUUCAUGCUGUCAAAUCAAAAGAUGCGGAUAGUACUUCAACGGACGCAACAGGCAAAAAAGGGAGCCCUGUAGUCGAAAAGCCGCGUUCGAUUCACUUUGAUUGGAUCAAUCCAAGGACAAAUAAGGUCCUCAGAGGCAGACGGGCACUGAUUUUCCACCAAGGAGAAGAAAUAAAUUUCAUUACAAACCUUAACUCGGUUUUGACUGAGAAUCUCGGUUUUGAAACUAGCAUUGUAAAAAUCGACGCACAAAGUCUGGAAUACUACUUAAAAGGACAAGCAAAAUCUUGGGCUGAUUACGGCUGUUUCGCUGCUUUCUUCUUUGCCGAGAUUGUCGAGGAUAAGGAAGGCCAAGUAUGCAUAAAUUUGAAUGAGAAAGUUCCAACACCAAUUGGCAAACUGAUCCACGGAUUGCUUGGUCCAAAAAACGGAGACUGGAUUGGGAAACCGAAGCUUUUUUUCCUUGUCGAUAAAAAAUCAACAGCUUCAGAUGGCACAAUAACGGAUAAAAAGAUUAACCUGGAUGAUUUCCUGCGAGCGACCAAUCACUGCGGUUGGCUGGUGUUUUUUCUCCAAAGUAAAAGUUUCCUCUCGAAAUUCUUUGAAAUCGUUGAGAGCCAGGAAAUUAAGCGUGAGAGCAGCAGCCUACAGGAACUACUUUUUGACGUACUAAUAACAUUUGGAAGUGACGAAACAAAUGAACCCGAGGCGAUGAUGGUUUCGACUUUGCCUCACCUUUUGAAUUUCCCAGAAUUGCGGAGAUAUUUCAUUCAGCCUGAAUUUCUUGAAUUUCUUGAGGAAUCAAGGUUGAGGAAGAAAUGGGACGCAUUAUUGGAAUCGAAACAAAUUAGAGAGAAACAUCGGAUUUGGGUUUUGUCUUCGCUUCCUGGAUCGGGAAAGUCGACGGUGAUGCGCGAGUUGGCCUUCGAAAUGCAAAGAAAAUUUAAAGGAGAAAUGAAAGUCUUUCAGGUUGUUCUUCUUGGCAUCUAUGGCCUUUUUGACGCUGCUGAAAAGAAGAGAAAAGAUCCAUCCCUUGCUGAAAUUGUUUCUCACGCAACAGGAAACCGUGAUAUUGAAAUUCAAGAUCUGAUUGAUAAGAAAAAACUCAUGUUGAUGUUUGACGGAUUCGAUGAAAUUUGUCCUCAUUACCGAGAACAAGUACUUAAACUUUUUGCUGAAGCGGCGGAAAAGAAUUUGCCGUUUUGGAUUUCUACGCGACCGCAUGAGGAAGACACAAUUCGCACGAAGCUAACAUUAAGAAACGGAAAAGAAAUUUGCUAUAUCGAAAUUUUGCCUUUAGAUUGGAGCAAGCAAAUAGAUUUUUUCAUGAUAAUUUCAAAAAAAUCUAAAGAACAAUGCAAACAUCAUAUAAAAUUCUACAAAGAAAGUGGCUCAGAAGAUAUUCUGGGAAACCCUCUUCACUUGAAAAUGAUUGCUAAUCUUACUGUUUCAGAUUCAAAUAAAGUUUUAAAUUUGUACGAAAUCUACGAAAAAAUAAUUGACGAAAAAUUAAAAUCAGCAUGUUCCUCAAAGAAAGACACUCCAGAAUGUUCAAAAGAACUGAAAGAUAGUUGGAAGAAGAUAAAGGAUUGUGGGUUGGAUAUCCUAUUAACUGGAAACACCACUGGAAACUGGGAAAAAACUAUCAGUGGCAUUAUGACGAUCAGCAACGGACGCGCCCAGUUUGUUCACCAAACGUUCGCCGAAUUCCUCGUGGCAGCGCAUUUCAUCGAUCGCUUGUUCGACGGACUCAAAAGGCCUCAAAGGCCAUUUAAUAUUUUGAAAGAAGAAUUCCUUCAAGUGCGAAAGUUUGUUGACUUGAGAAUUUCCAUGAGUGUCGGUGACGAAAAAUUAAAUUUAUUAACUUCGCUAGAAAAAUACUUGAAAAAAAAACUCACUAAAUCAAGCAUCAAAAAUGUUAUUCUUGAAGAACGUCUCGUUAAUUUCUCCAGCGCUGCAGCAAACCUCGUUACUUUCAAUGCCGAAGAAUCAAAUGAACUAAACUACGUUACGAGCGACCAGAUUUUGGUUUUGGCCAGCGAACGUGUAGAAAAUUUCGCACUAGGUCUUAUGAACAAUGACGCUUAUAAAAAGUUGGUAGAUCCGAACACUGCUGCCGUAAAAAUGCUCACAAGUGCGAUUGAAAAUAAUUUUGUGCAACUCUUUGCAAAACUAGGCGAAAACUGUGCCAAUUUGAUGGAUUUAGUGUGGAAUAAUCAAGCAAUAAGUUCCACCGUAAUAGUCGCGGCGUCAAAAAAUUAUCAAGAAACCUUGAGCCUAGUGCUCGAAAAAGGAAUUCUAGAUCCAAGUGAUGCAAAUACAAUACAAGAGGCAUUGAAAUCAGCUGUUAGAAAUAAUAGCGUCGACUGCGUUAAGCUUAUGAUUGCACACGGCGCUAGGACUGCCGACCUUGAUGAUGAUGACUUUGAAUAUUUAAGCAACAACACGACAAAAGCGCUUCUCAAAACAAAGCACGAGCCGGAGUUGAAAUUGGCGUCGAGAAUUUUCAAUGGUUCCCUCAAAUGUAAAAAUGUUGAAGUGGCCAAUUUUAUAUUUGAAAAAUUCGGUGAUGCAGAAUAUGCAGACUUUGAAGUGAACAGUAACGCCUUAAUUGCUGUAACAGGGUGGAACGACCACAACGCAGCAGAAAUUUUGGGCCGCUUGCUUGUUGAAAAACGUGGUUUGCAAGUAUGUAUAACGGAUGAUGAUGGGUGGAAUGCUUUUCACUGGGCAGCCAAAGAAGGAAAUGUGGGGUUGGUCAAAUAUUUCCUCGAAAAGGACUCUGCGCUCACCAAAACAUUAACAGUGAGAAAAGAAAACGCCAUGCAUUUAUUAUUGAGUUACGGUCUUGCAAACACGGGUAGAAAAAUUGAAAUUUGCAAGUAUUUCCUUGAUCUUGAUUCUGCGAUGAUGACGCAAAAAACAGCAAAAAACAAAACGAUGCUCCAUUCGGCCGCUCUUGGAGGUAGUCUAGGCGUGUGUAAAUGGCUAUUACAAGUAAAAGGUCUUAAAAUUGAUAACGCCGUGGACGACGAUGGAUGGAAUGCUAUGCACUUCGCAGCUUCUUCAAAAUUUCGAGUCAAACUCAAACUCUUGGAAUAUUUGCAUGAGAAAAAUCCCCAAUUGAUCAGAAUGAGUACCAAUAGAAACGAAACUGCGCUUCAUAUUGUGGCCACAAAUUGGAAUGGGAGAGUUGAAACUUUCAACUGGUUCGUCAGAAAAGGUGUUGAUGAAUCGGUCAGAGAUUUGAAUGAAAAUACUGCUUUGGAAGUUGCUCAUAAAUAUUUUCUAGAAGAAUACAAAGAAUUCCUAGGUAUUGAAGGUAUUGAAUAGUUCAUUGAGGUUGAAGCAGGAGCGGAAAAACCAAUUAUUUUAACUUUAAGUUCUGAACAGAAUUAGGGUUUAAAUAAAAGAUUUGUAAAAAAUCUUUUUCGACGAUGUCGUGCUUUUUUCUGAUACAAUUAAAUACGUUUUAUAAAUAUAAUAAAAUAUUAUAUGAAAAUGAAAGAUGUUGUAAUUUUUAAAAUUAUUAAAUUAUAAAAUAUUUUGGAAUUCCAAAAGUGAACAAUCGCUUUUAAU